CUUUAGUCAUUUUGUUUUUUGUUUCGUUUGUUUUGUGUUAACCCACUCUUCAUCUUGAAGGGGGGGGGGGGGGGGGUUUGUGUUUGUUAGAUUUUAUUUUUCAUAUUGUUUGUGUAGGUUGAAUCAUGGAUCCCAAUGGCUUCUACAACAUGUGGAGGUAUCCAAAACCACCAAAAUGGGGGUACCCCAGAGCUCAUGCAGUGAUCAAGAGGGUGGAAGCCAAGGAACUAAGUUCUAUGAUCAAACUCUCUUCCAAAAAGAUCAAACAUACUCAUGGGGAUAAUAAGGAGCUUCCCUAUACCAAGAAAACUUCCCUCCAAAAACCGAGGAGAAAUCCAAGUUGGAGUUGGCAAUAGAGGCUUUCAUGGGGCAUUCCUCAUGCCCAUGUGCUAGUCCACAACUUGGAGCUCAUGGUGAAACGGUUUUCCUGAGGCACCGAUGAAGGGUGCUCAAACUUGGAUCUCCCACAACCCGAAGAGAAGUCCAAAUUAGAGCUUGCCAUGGAUAGUUUUAAAAGAGCAUGUUUCAACAUAGAUUUCCAACCCCUCCCUCCUCCCGUUUUGACAUUACAAGAGAAGGUAGCAUGAGCUUAUGCAAGCUAUCACCUCUCAUACUUGGAGUAGAAAGAUGAGGUUUAAAGAGAGAUCAAUGACAACCGUGUGGAGCAAGAGGAACUCACCCUGGAGAGCUCCCGUGGUGAGAAUGACCAAGAGGGUUGCAUUGAUGAUGUUCACACGUUUACACUUCCCGAGAACAACUUUGAAGACUAAGUCACGGGGGUAAAGGAGCUAGAGAACCCUUCAAUGAUCUUGCAUGGCAUAUUUCCCUCCAAACUGUCCUUGAUGACAAGAAUGGGAAGGAGAAAGCAGAGGUUGAAGAGGAGGAAGUGAGUAUUCAAGAAGAGGAAGAUAUUGAUUGUUCCCAAGGAAAAGAACAAAGUGAGGAAGAAAGAAGGGAGGUUGAGAUUGAAGAUGCAAGUGGUGUCCAAGAUGAGGACGAGGUCGUGGUGGAUGAAAUUGAUAACUUCAUAUUUGCAUAUGUUUGCACCCUUAUAUCUUAACCAUUUUGGAUCGAUUUUGUUGCUCCUUGGCCUAUUUUAGGCUUGGUUGUGUUAUUUUGUAAUAUCUCAGGUCCUAGCGGGUGUACAAAAGCUUAGGCGCAUGUUUCGGAUCGUUUGGAGAUCAUUUGGCGAUUCUAGAAUGAAAUACGGGCAGGCAAGGAGAAAAGCACGACCGUACUUUUCAUCAUCUUGCUAGUGCUUUUACUGACGAGAGCCAACCAUGAAGUGUGCUAAAGAAAGCCAAAGAACAACUGUGCUUAGUUAAACACCGCCAGUAUUUCACCCAGACUUGCCCGUGUUUCUCCCGUUUUGCACUAAGUGAAACACACGUUUUGGGCAAAGAACGGUCAAGGGAGUAAGCACGACUGUGCUUCUACCCGUAAUUCGCCCAGAAUCGGGUUGAAAGAGGAAGAUUCAAUCCAAAGGAAUGGGAUUGGACUUUUUGGAUCCAAAACAGAGUUCUAGAGAGAGAAAGUGCGAAGAACAAACCCUAGUAGCUAUUUGGAGUGGAUUUCUCACCAUUGAAGCCCAGAUUGCAUCCCCAAGAGUGAACAUUGAAAUCCUAGAGCAUAUUGUUCCCAUCUUUAUGAGUAUGACUGCUUUGAUUUUUGUUUUCCUCUCUCUCCUUCUUUAUGGAGUAAACCUUUCUCUCACUUGGGUAUGAAGAACCCUUAUUCCAUGUGUUAGGGAUCUUGAUUGUAAUGAAUUUUAGAUUGAUAUACUGUUUGAUUAUAAUCGAUUGAAGUGUGUUUAUGGAGUCAAUUGGAUCCUGAUCAACUUCUUUUGAUUUCUGAUGCAACCUGAGAUAGAUAGAAUCUGAUUAGGUUGUUAGAGCUUCUUUAACCGAUAUGAGUGAAUUGAUUAUACAAGAGUUAGUCAAUUCACUUCUUUGUACUGGAAUCUAGUUCCAUUAGUGGAGUUCUGUGUUAAUUGCCUUAUCUUUCUAUGUUAAUUGCCUUAGCUUUCUUAGUCUGUCUAAGAGGGCUUGGUCAGCUUAAGAGAUUCCAAGCUACUGUCGGAUCUUCCGCAGUUUAAUCAACGAUAUAUCAACCUAAAGAAAUUACAACUUGUACCUAACUAAGAAAAUAGGGGUCGUUCCCGAGUGACUCUUCUCUUGCUUCAGGAAACCGGACAAUUUACUACUUUCCCACUAGAUAAUAGAUAAUCACGGAGUAGGCAGUACAUCUAGGCCUUGGGUUGACAUUUAUUACUUGAUUCCACUAUACUGCAUUUCCAUACUGCGAAGAAAGCUUUGGAGCAACUGCACAUCACCGAGGAAGAAGAAAUGGAUGACCCACAAAACAAUGAUGCGGUCAUUCCCGAGGAGCAUACCUUAGGCUAAUACUGGACCGCCCGAGCCGCAGACAUGAGGUCCCCCAUCCAACACCCUCAAGUUUCUGCCAACAACUUUGAGGUGAGUACAUCUAUCAUCACCAUGCUGCGCGGCUCGGUGGUAUUCAAUGGGAAGGACGGGAAGUGCCCCGGAUCGCACCUACGACAAUUCCACGAGCUGAUCAAUGCAAUCAAGAAUAAUGGGGUCCCUGCAGACGCCAUCUAGCUGAGGUACUUCACAUUUACAUUGGAGGGGCAGGCCAAGGAGUGGCUGGAUACCCGGCCUCCGAGAUCGAUCAGUACAUUCGCCAUCCUGGCCGACAAGUUCCUCACCCACUAUCAUCCUCCAUCUAAGAUAGCGGACAUGUAGAAGGAGAUCACUCAAUUUGCACAAGAAGAAGAUGAGACCAUCUGGGAUGCGUGAGAAAGAUACGCCAGUCUAUUCCUGAAAGGCCCCAAUCAUGGUUCAACGACGCUUUCAAGGUGGGCACCUUACCGAGCUCUCUUCCCUGAAUAUAAGCAACAUAUUGGCUCAGUAUGUGGCGGGAACAUGUUGACAAAGACGCCACCGCAGUUAAAUCAGCUCUUUCAGGAGAUGGCGGAGAAGGGAUAUGAUUGGGGACAACUAGGAGGUGUAGGCAAGCACCUGGACGGGGUGUGCAUGCUGUGGAUACCCAGUCAUCUGAGUUGGUGCAGGUUGUGUCCAAGCUGGUCUCAGCCAUCGAUCGGAACGGGAUGGUUCUAGGUAUAGGGCAACAACAGGUGAUGUAUUGCCAGUUGUGUGAGAGAACCAAUCACAUGAUGGAGGACUGCCAAGCCAUGCGAGAGUAUAGCACACCGUAGUAGCAGCUGAAUUUCAUUAAUAAUGCUCGGCACAACGACCCCUAUAGUAGUACAUACAUCGAGGGGUGGCGCCAGCAUCCAAAUUUCUCCUGGAGUGGAAACAACAAUCCCAAGCCAUCGGGCUUCCAGGCUACUGCAACUGGUUUUCAAAACUAGAGACAGCCAUACCAGUCCCGCCUAGACCAGAUGCAGCAGCAUCAUCCAUUUUAUCAGCCCAAACAAGGACAGACUUUUCAACAACCCCCACAGCAGCAGCUGUACCAGCAGCUUGGUACAUCUCCAUCAGCUUUUAGGGAUCUAGUGAUCACAUUGGCCAGCACCAGUACCCAAAAUUUUAGUAAACUGGAGCAAUUCAUGGAAGUGACUGCGGGAAAAUUCAUGGAGAUCGAAGCUAGCCAGAGGAACCAGCAGGCACUGCUGCAGGAUAUUGACACCAAAAUAGGGCACCUGGCAGAUGCCCUUACUUCCAGACCGGCUGGCGCACUUCAUGGCCAACUCUUGCCAAUCCCAGAAAUCAUAAGGAGGGGUUACACGCCAUCAUGCUGAGAAGUGGGACCGUGACUAAGGAUGCACCCCCGAAGAGUGCAAAGAAGGUAAAGCAGAUCACCUUGGAGUCGAAAGAGUACCUGGUAAUGGGAAAGGAGCCAGAGAUUCGAGCCCCAUAGCCCUAGCCAGUAGUGGAUGAAUAUAAGCCCAAGCUCCUUUUUCCCACCAGGAUGCAUAAAUACCGGCUAGAGGCAGAGUUUGGAAACUUCAUGUCUAUGAUUAGGAAGCUGAAUGUUCAAGUGCCCUUCUUGGAGGCUGACUCACUCCUACUGUCACUCUAGAAUGGCCAAGUGAAACCACUUCCUAAAGCGUAGUAUAGCGGGUUUGGGUUUUAAUGUCAACCCGGGUCCUAGAUUUGAUGACUACUCGGUGAAUUCUUGUUAUCUAGCAAUGAAACUUUAAUGCAAGUCUAAACUAACAAACAAGCAAAGCAACUAAACGGUUGUUUUCAGGUUAAGAGAGGUCACCCGGAUAUGGUUCGCCCUAGACUGCAGUUAAGCCGGAUUGCAAUUACCAAGUUCAAUUUCUAUGAUAGUUAUACUGCGGAAGGUUCUUAAGCAGUCUGAAGUCUCGACUAAAGGUCUCCAGACCCUCUCAAUCUGAGUCUCUAGCGGGCGACUAACCUCCACCGGAGUAAACAGAUUGAGGCCCUAACAAACAAAACCUCCACUACCGAAGUGAAUUCGGUACAGAAUAGUGAGUUGACUCCUCGACUAAAGUAGAAAUAACCAAGGAUGCUCUAUCAACCUAGGCAGAUAUUCUCAUUCUAGGUUAAAGUAGAAAUAACAGGAAUUUGAUCAGGAUUCAAGUCAUUCAAUCAUUCAAACCUCAAUUGAAUAUAAUCAAAUCAUAGAAUCAAUACUUGGGUUCAUACAAUCAAACCUAACAUACAAAUCUAGGGUUUCCCAUACCUAGAUGAAUGGGAGAACUACUCCAUGGAGAAAGAAGCAAAAGCAUAUUCAGACGCGGAAAUCAUACUGUGAAGGAUGGAUUUCUGCUCCUGGACGUUGAUCGGCACUUCUCCAAGCUCAAGCCAAGCUCCAAUGGUGAUGAAGAUCAAGCUAGGGCACUUGGGAACUCUUGUUCGUCGCUUUCUCUCUCUAGGAAUCGCUCUGUCUCUCUAAAACUUGAAUCCCCUUCUGUUUUGGCUGAAAUCUGCCUAAAAGGGCAUCACUGGGCAAAACACGGUCGAGGGCACGGAUGUGUUCUGCUCCAGCCCGCCCGUGCCCUUGCCAAGUGUUAAAUAUACGGCCAGACUUAUGGGGAAAACACGGGCGUGCUUUUGGUGGACACGGUCGUGUUCUGUCUCAGUCCUGCCCGUGUUUUGAGCUAGUGUUUGACAGACUCAGAUCAAGUCUCGGCAGUAAAAACACGGUCUAAGGAACACGACCGUGCUUUGAUUUAGGUGUGCCCGUGUUUUGGCUCCAGCUCGACCGAAUGACUUCCGAAUGUCCCGAAACUCGUGCUUAGCCUUUCCUUCACCGUCUGGGACCUGAAAUAUGACAAAGUAGCACAACCCGGCGUAAAAUAGGCCAAAAAUACACGACUAUGCCCCUCAAACGGAUAAGAACUAGGGGUGCGAAUAUGUGCAAUUACAUCGUUAUCAAAUUCCCCCACACUUAACCGUUUGCUUGUCCCCAAGCAAACCAAGUCACACACAAGGUAAGCUCAAAACGUUUCAAUCCAGCAUGCUUUAGGGCAUAUCAUAUCGGCACAAAACACGUGGAUCAUACUGGCUUUCGAUCAUUAACACAUGGACAACCUCAAUGACAACCUAGACAACCACCACAAAUGACAUUCGCAUGCAAUAAAAUCGAGCAAAGGAGGAGUCUCCCUUCUGUUCACCAACCAACAUAGACUUGACUCAACCACAUAUUCGAGACAGUCACUUCAUGCACAAAGCUCAAGAUAUCAGAAUUAAGACCGAGCAAUCUAGGUCCUCACCGGGAUAAAGAGUAUAGAGAAUA